GGACUCUGAUUUUGCAUCGCUUCUUUCAAAAUAUUCCAGUUCAUACCGGUUUAGAUAUGUAUAGAUACCGUAAUUGAUUUACAACAGAUACCUUCAACUGCAGUUUCUGUAGAAUGGCUCUGGUACGAAGCAAUAUUCUGAGCCGAGUUUUUUAUAAGCCUUCCAUGCUUGAAACGAAACUUCAUUUACCACUUCUUGAACAAGUCCGAUACCGCAAGCCGAAGUGGUUACUACCACGUCGAGCACCUUCAAAAGCAGGGAUAUAUUUUAAUAAACCGAGACCUACGGAACAUGAUGUAAAGAAAAGUGAAUUAAUCUAUAAAUCUUAUAAUGAAAUGCUGAGAUCAAUAGCUGCUGCUUUCCAAGAAGAAAUAUUGAUAAACGAAGCUAAAAAGGAAUCAAAAACUGUCUCAAAAAAUAGUUUCGAUGAACAAAGCCACCAUGAAAAAUGUAUGGCGUAUAAUGAAGCUCAUAACAAAGAAAUGCGGGAAAAACGAGAACAAAAACUCGAUCGAAUAUUGGAAAAUCAAGAACAACAAUUGAGCCAGAAAGUCAGUUUAUUAGAAAAAAAAUUCGAACAUAAACUUGCUAAAUAUGAGCAAGAAGUUUUGACAGCGAUAGACGAAUCUGAAAAUUGGAUUAGCGAGGAAAAUUUGGAAGAAAAAAUUGAAGAAGCUUUAGACAAUGUGGUUAACUUUAAUUUUGCUGUUAAAAGAAAUGGCAGAAUUGCGUUAAGAACUGUGAUACCAUAGCAUUUUAAUCUGUGAUGCUAAAGUGCAUGGGAUUCGUAAAGUCUUGUUACAAUUAGAUUGGCAACUGACUUCAUAACGAAGUUUUGAAAUUGCACUAUUUAGUAAAACUAAAAUCAGUUUUGCGGCUAGCAAUGUGGCCCCUCUCCAACUGCUCUGUGGCUUCCUUAGGGGGCCACAGGCCCGUGGUUGGGAACCACUGCCACAGUAUUUUCUGCUGUGGUGCAGUACAUGGUGCUCAUAAAGUCUUGUAACAAAUACAAAACAUUGAGAACUGACUUCAUG